GAUCCGUGACAGUCUCCGCCUCUCACCGUCCUCGGGAUAGUAGAAUCACAAGUUCUCUGCGCGAUUGUUGACAUUUUGGUUUCAAAUGUCAAUGUAAGUCCAAUGGUUGUCUCCUGUUGCGGAUAAUUUUUUUUACUUCGUGGCCAGAUCGUCGAUUGGUAGCUGCUACUUAUUCGUGCCAGAUACUAUGAGUUCGUCGAUAUCCAUGAAUAAUGCUGGAUCACCGGUUCCUGCCACUGGGAUGGAGACGGUGGUCGCAGUUGCAUUGGGUGCAUUAGCUGCAGUCUUUCUCGGUGCACUCCUGGUACUGUUGGUCAUCUGUCGCAGGCAGCGUUGCUAUUAUAAUCAAAAGGAUUCCGCAGAGCUAAGUUCUGAUCUGCUCGAAGGAGAAAACAUCACUGGUUUAGGAUUGGAUGUAUGGGAGAGCGAAGAAUGGUUGGCAGGUGCUGAAAGAUGGGUGGAUGAUGCUACUGGUUUGGCUCCACCUUGCAUAGCAGUGCUUCGAUCUUGCCACUCUCUUGCAGCCAGUCUCACUACUAUUGCAGGAACUGUCAACAGUAACACUGUUCCAUUGGAAAUAGUAGAUGUUGCCCGACGUAUACCACCUCGCGUAGACGAUGUUGUUCGCAGUCUGUAUCCACCACUAGAUGCCAGGCUGCUAGAAGCCAGAGUGGCAGCUCUGGUAUUGGCUGUGACUCACUUAGCGCUAGUAACCAAGCAUGGUGUGCCAAAGAGUCAAGCCAGGAAAUUGGCAUUUAUUGACCAAGCCUUGAAUGAUAUGGACACGCAUCUACUGGUCUUGAGAAAUGCAGCGUUAGCUCAGGAAGUUGCCUGCUCCAUCCCAGCGUCUACUCCAGUUUGAGAAUACAUCUCUUUCUCAGUAAAAUCGAAUCUCUCUCUUUUCACGCAGUAUUUGUAACUACAAAACUCAAAAGUUGAUAUUUACUGAUAUAAAUUCAUCAGUACUUUAUUUCGAAAGUAUCACAUAAAGAAUAUAUUUUUUAAUGUCGUUUAAAACGCGAUUCACAAGAAUCGAUAUUUUGCAAUACACAGAAAUAUAUGUGGAAAUAGUGUCUUCCAUAUUUAUAUUAUUCCAUAGUUAUAUUAUCAUAGUUAAUUAUAUAUGUAUACAGAUAAAAAUGUAUUUUAGGACUAUAUAAUCAAUCGUACCUGCGUAUGUUUGUACAUGUUAUGAUAUUUUAUAUUCUUGAAGAGAAUCAAAUUAUUUUAUAGACUAAUAAGAAUUUUUAAUAAAG